CGGUGCCCCCGGACCCUGUCAGGAAGUAUCGCCUCCACGCCAGUAACGGGGCAGGGUUAGGAGGACCACUAGGUGUAAAGGCUACUCGGACCUCCCAGUCUAUAGGUGUCGCUGUUGCGCGUUAUCACAACCUGUUCCCGAGCUCCUAAUACUAGUGAUAAAGAUUCGGUUAAUUGGCGCUCUGAGUCCCUAGGUGUCGCUAUUGCGUCCCUACCAAAAUAUGUCCCCAGUCGCACACCGUACGGGAAGUAUAGCCGCUACUAGUGGUGGUAGGAUUACAGUGUGUCCACUGUUCGGGCCGCUCGGACCUCCGGGGCUGUAGGUGGCGCUGUAAAUCUACUUCAGGAAGUGUCCCCCAGCGGUGUGUUCAGUGCUGGUAAGCAGGACACGGCGAGGAAAUGGCCAGCAAAGUGAUACGUGUCAUGCGUUACCGCAGAGCAAACUUAAUGUGAAGCCCGCCGGGGGUGACCUUAGAACAAAGAGUGAGGAGAGCUGAUCCCAGGGCCAUCUGCUGCCCUUAUCUCCCAGCACUACAACUCCCAGCAUGCUCUGCGCACUUAUAAACAGCUUAGGUGUGGGUAAAUGCUUUUAUUUGGACUUACAACAAUAAUUUACGGUAAAAUUCCUUUAAUCUGGAACCCAGUACUCCGACAAUCCUGAUAAUCUGGCAUCCACUCAAAAUGGUCAUGAAUCGGACUUUAAACCAGUGGCGACUAAUAGUUCGGAGUCUUACGAGAGCAGAGGAGGAAGACUGAACAACAGAAAAGAGUUCAGAGGAAGGUUUUAAAGUGGCUGAGAAAGCUUCAAGACGGCAGACCGACCCAAGAGGUUUGUAGAAAACUCUGCCAGUAUCCAAGAUGGAAGACAAAUCCAUUCAAGGCCCUUCUGUUAAAAGGAAACAUGUAACACUUACAAUCCCUCAAAAACUCGAAAUUAUUAGAAGACUUGAAAGUGGUGAAAGCCGCACCUCCAUUAUGGAGGAAUUCAACAUUGGCUCGUCCACCAUCUAUGACAUUAAAAAACGUAAGGACCAACUAUGUUCCUUUGUAGCAUCCAGUGAAACCAUGAGAGGCCUUAUGAAGCGGCAAACGUUAAAGCAGCCCAAGUUAGCUCAGUUGGAUAAGGUGGUGUACAGGUGGUUUACGGAUAUGCGAUCUCAAGGAAUAACUGUUACGGGACCGAUGAUCAUCGAUAAAGCCAAAGCCUUCUAUGCGGAAAUGGAAAUAACAGAAAAGUGUAUAUUUUCUGAUGGAUGGUUAAGGAACUUCAAGGAACGCCAUGGCAUUAGGAAGAUGUCUAGCACUGGUGAACUGUGUACAGAAGAUGCAGAGGCUACAGAAGGGUAUAGUGAAUUUUUUAGUACGCUUCUAAAAGAGCAAAAAUUACUACCAACUCAGAUUUAUAAUGGUGAAGGGUUUGUAGAAGAGUGGAUGGUAGUUGAUAAGGACACGCCUGUUGUUCAGUACAAUGAAGAUGACUUUCCAAAUGUUAAAAUCCUUCAAGUGGCAAGUGAAGAAGAGGAGGAGAAGGAGGUCAUCACAGAGCCCAAAAGGAAAUACACCUGGAAUCAGGCUUCAGAAUUUAUUACAAAGUUUGUCGAGUUUGCUGAAACCAGUAGUCAUUACACUCCAGCGGAAGUCAUGAAUCUACGCAUAGUUCUUGAUAAUUUUUACCAGAAAAAAGCUUCAUUCAUGAAACAGUUGCACCACAAAGGUGUAUACAAAAAACGCUCAAAAAGAACAUCCUCACAAAAGUCUACUCCAACUACCUCCAUCAUUGUGAAGACUAUUGAUCCCCACACUCCUGAGAGAUCCAUCUCACCCGUGUCUAUAGAAUAUAAAGUGGUGGAGCUUGAUGGAUCAGAUGAUGCAGUAGAAGAAAUCAAAUUAGAAGACACCUCCGAUUAGCUGUGCAGACCAAAUUUUUGUAAGGGUCCAUCCUUGUUUACAGUAACUUCUCAAGUUAUUUGGCCCAGGAACCCCAUAACCAAAUCUCACAUACCUAUGUAACCUGGACCCUAGAGUAAGUGAAGCUUAGUUGUGGGGUUCCUGGGCAAACGUGUCCUCAAACCUAGAUCUCAGCUUUGAGCGACAUUACUAUUUUAAGUGUAUUAAGUUCUUUUUUUACUUUAUUUUGGACUAUAGCUUUAGGUUUGCUGAGAUUUUUUCAUUAAUUGAAAAGUUACUGUAAUUCAACUUUUUUAUAGAAAAUAAUAAUAAAGUGAUAGUAGCAUAUUUUGUUUCAUUUUAUUUUGGACUGCACACUAAUCCCCCUUUUGAGCUACACAUCUUCCUGAGGAUAUCGACUCUUAA